AUUUUCAGAUUGUACGUAUAGACUGGCGACGAUGGAGCUCUUCCUGGUUUUGGUGUUGCUCGGAGUGGCAGCAGCGGUGCCCGCGGAACACCAAUAUGCCAACAGGGAAAGGUAUUACCACGAGGCCAUCGGCAUCAAAGAAGCUGCGCGCAUCAAGGCAGCCGAAGAAACCACCGACUACACCGAUACUAGAAUCAUCGGAGGCCUUUAUUCUGAGCUAGGAGAAUUCCCGUACAUGGGUGGGCUGGUAAUCUCCCUACAAAGCGGAGCCACUUCCGUGUGCGGGUCCGCCAUGCUUACCAACACUCGAGCCGUCACAGCGGCUCACUGCUGGUGGGACGGAGGGAACCUGGCUACUAUGUUCACCGUUGUAUAUGGAUCCCUUACUCUAUUCAGUGGAGGUGUAAGGGUCGAUACUAGAGACGUGAUAUUACACGGAAAUUGGAACCCCUCAGUCAUUACGAACGACGUAGCUGUUAUUGCACACUCCUAUGUCAAUUACACCGAUUUCAUCACACCAAUUGCCAUGACCGCUAGCACGAGUCAGUUCGAUGGCGUGAGUGCGCAGGCGGUCGGCUUCGGUCGUCAAUCUGACAACGCAGGCAUCAGCAUGAGCCAGAGACUACAUCACGUAACUCUCCAAGUGAUAAGCAACACAGUCUGCUUAAACACUUUCCGCGGACUUCCGACCACUAACAUCUGCACUUCUGGUGCUGGAGGACGCUCUGUAUGCGGUGGAGACUCUGGGGGCCCUUUGAUACAUAAUGACCAAUUGAUUGGUAUCGUAUCCUUCGGCCACGUCUUUGGUUGCGAGCAUGGCCACCCCCAGGUGUUUAGUAGAAUCAGUAGUUACAGAGUUUGGAUCUUAGACAGGAUAUGAUUACAACAACACCAAACAGAAUUGUUAUGUUGUGACAUUACACAAUAAGAAAUAAA